AAUCAUUAGUUUCCUUUCCUUUCUUUUCCCAGUUUAAUUAUUAUUUUUUGAGUGAUUCAUCCUCUUUCCCUCUCCUUUAAAAGCAUUGUUGAAACUCCGAAAGUAGGAAUGAAUGGUGAAACAAGCUUUGAACAAGAAAUGGAUGGGUGUCCAAGCUUGGAACCUGAUUAUUCUCAGUUUGUUGAAGUUGAUCCUACUGGAAGAUAUGGAAGGUAUAAUGAAAUUCUUGGCAAAGGUGCCUCAAAGACAGUUUAUAAGGCUUUUGAUGAGUACGAAGGAAUUGAGGUAGCAUGGAAUCAGGUGAAGCUUCAUGAUUUCCUGCAAAGUUCUGAGGAUCUCGAGAGGUUGUACUGUGAAAUCCACCUCCUGAAAACCUUGAAACAUGAAAACAUCAUGAAGUUCUACACUUCUUGGGUUGAUCCUGCUAAAAGAAACAUCAACUUUGUCACAGAAAUGUUCACCUCUGGUACUCUCAGACAGUAUAGGCUAAAACAUAGAAGAGUAAAUAUUAGAGCUGUGAAGCAUUGGUGUAGACAGAUUUUGAGAGGGCUUCUGUAUCUACAUAGCCAUGACCCCCCUGUCAUUCACAGAGACCUCAAGUGUGAUAACAUUUUUGUUAAUGGAAAUCAAGGGGAGGUCAAAAUUGGUGAUCUUGGCCUGGCUGCAAUCCUCCGUAAAUCACAUGCUGCUCGUUGUGUUGGAACACCUGAGUUCAUGGCUCCAGAGGUGUAUGAAGAGGAAUAUAAUGAAUUAGUUGACAUAUAUUCUUUUGGGAUGUGCAUCUUGGAAAUGGUUACUUUUGAAUAUCCAUACAGUGAAUGCACACAUCCUGCUCAGAUCUAUAAGAAAGUUGUUUCAGGAAAAAAGCCAGAAGCUCUGUACAAAGUAAAGGAUCCUGAGGUUAGACAAUUUGUUGAAAAAUGUUUAGCAACUGUAUCCCGUAGGCUUCCUGCCAGGGAGCUUCUGAGAGACCCUUUUCUCCAACUUGAUGAUUGUGGAUCUGACUUGAGACCAAUAGAAUACCAAAGAGACUACUAUGAUGCAGGACCUCUAGUGAGACAACCUCUUUAUGAUAUUAACCAUAGUAACAACAGCUCUUUAUUCAACAGCUACACCAACUAUCUUGGUUAUGGACCUGAGAAUGGUUUGGGUUACAAUUCACUUGAAUUUGAAACAAGUGAAAUUGAUCUCUUCACUAGUCAAGAAGAUGGACAUUUGGGAGAUGUUGAUCUUACUAUCAAAGGCAAGUGGAGAGAAGAUGAUGGCAUCUUUUUGAGACUCAGAAUUGCAGAUAAAGAAGGUUGCUUUCGAAACAUCUACUUCCCAUUUGACAUUGAGUCUGAUACAGCAUUAAGUGUUGCAACGGAAAUGGUUUCUGAGCUUGAUAUUAAUGACCAAGAUGUCACUAAAAUAGCAGAUAUGAUUGAUGGUGAAAUUGCUUCCUUAGUACCAGAGUGGAAGAGGGGAUCAGGCAUAGAUGAAAAUUCACAAUGCUUGAGUUCAAGUUUUUGUCAAAAUUGUUCUUCAAAUGGCUAUAUCUCAGGUUAUGUAUCAUCAAGUAGUGCAGGUGCCAAGAACCUGCAAGUUCUUCAGUGCUCGAAACACGGAUGUACUGCUAUCCAUGGCCGUUUUGAAGAGAUCACAUACCAAGUUGAAGGGCCAGAGCAAUGUGUUUCAGAAGGUGCAAAUGCUUCAUUACACCGAUCAAAUGGCAUCCACUAUGCUGACAUUUGGGCUCAGCGAGAAGGACCAGAACUAAGUUCAUCAGGUCCCAAGGAUAUCCACUGCGAUGAGGCAAAUGAGACUUCGGACCAGUCAAUUUAUGGAAAGGAGGAGAGAAUUAUAAGCAUAGAUAGUCAAAGUGAUUCCAAUGCUAGGAACUCUUUCUCUGCAUACCAUUCAGUGGAUUCUGGUUUCUUGGAUGAUUAUGAGAAUGAGAUUAGACAAGAACUAAGAUGGCUAAAAGCAAAGUAUCAGAUGCAGUUGAGGGAGCUUAGAGACCAACAAUUAGGGGUCAGACUGAGAUCUCAAAGCUUGACUCAAAGUUUUAAUGACUUGGAGAACGACAAAGAUACCAAAGCUUCAAUGUCUUCAAUUUUGGCAUCUCCUAAGAGAGAAAGCAAUGGACCUCUCCUGAAAUCAUUACCCUCGGGGAAGCAUCUUACUUUUUAUUUUUCUAUUGAUGCUGAGAAAAAAUGUGCCAGUUUUGCAAGCCAAGGAGACCAAAUUUCUGAGGCAAUUAGUGGUUCUUAUAACCCUGAGACAGUAGCCACUACCAAGAAUUUCUACACAGGAGCCUUGCUUCCACACCCUCUUUACAGGGCAUCUUCCCUUCCAGUUGAUGCUGUAGAUGUGUGAGGUGCGAAAUUCUCUAAUUAUGUUCACCAGAUUCGAACACCACACCCUCAAAUCAUUUACAGGCUGACUCACUCUAUAAGUAAAAGUGAAGGCAAACGAAAUUUGUUAUUCAGAGGGAGAUCUAACUAUUCACAUCUUGUAAGGUGUCCAAGACGGAUCACUUGAGUGAAUGAAAAUCAAGCUAUUGUACAUUACCCCACUUACAUUAAAGUAUGAAAGGUUCACCAAAUUUAUCUAAACCAAGCAGAAGGGGGAUCCUCUUGUCCUCAUUGAUGUAUUGUCUGUGAGAGAGAGACACAUAGAGGAUUGCAAGUGCUUAGGAUCUGUCAUGUCUUCAAAGAAUGAUGCUGAGGAGGGCAUUUUUCCAA